AUGUAUGCCUUGUUGAUAAGAAAGCCUUUCUUUGGUGGAAAGAAUCCACAAGAGGAUUCAGGGUGCCUGGGGAUUGAAUAUCCCAGAAGCGCAGGGAUUAGAGAGCUCAUGGAGACGGGAGAGAGCCUUUGGCCCAAGGCUGUGCAAGAUCCAGAAAACUUCAGAAAGGCUGAGGAUAAGAUUGCAGAAAUAGAGGCGGAGUGGAAUGCAUUGAUUGUAGGUACUACACAAGUUUCUGCACAAAAUACAACAAAUUCAUUUGAUAUGGAGCCCGUUGGUGCAAGUAGUAAUGAUUCAUUUGAUUUGUUUAUGUUGGAUGUCGUGGGGCCAAAUGAGAGUUGGUGUGUUCCAGAUGUGGGCAGUGAGGCAACCGUGAGAAUUGGGCAUGAUGUUUGUAGGCUAUUCACACCUAUACGAGAGUUUUAUAUUUGGGUAUUAAAAUCUGAUAAUGUUGAUCUUCUAGAUAUUCUAUUACGGGGGAGCACAAGAGCAAGAGACUUUGAUGGAGGAGUGUAUUAUGCAUCUCUAGAUAGUAGUGUUCCUAAUUAUGGAUUACCAGAUGAACACUUCCCGCCAUAUGGUAAUUUGAACCCACAAAUCUACACUCCGCAUAAGAGUUCAAUCUCAGAGGAACACUUGCUUCCUUACUUGGAUAAAAUGUCAGUGGAAAAGGGUGACAACCGCGUCUUUACUCCCAACUAUGCUGAAGAAGAUAAGGGAUCGUUGUGGGAGUUGGCCAAAGCUCAUGUGCGAUCCAACGAUUCUGGUUAUCACCAGUUAGUCAAUCAUUGGCUCAGAACACAUGCCGUAGUAGAGCCGUUUAUUAUUUCUACUCACAGAAAUCUGAGCAAACUUCACCCCCUUCACAAGUUACUUGCCUCUCACUUUCGCAACACCAUGGACAUCAAUCGUGCAGCUCGUGAAAGCUUGAUAAAUGCGGAAGGCACUAUCGAGAAAUGUUUCAGUCCGGGGAAAUUUGCAAUGGAAAUCUCUUCCAAAGCAUACAUCGAUUGGAAAUUCAAUGAGCAAGGUCUACCAGCUGAUCUUAAAAAAAGGGGUAUGGCUAUCGAAAAAAGAGUUGGUGGGCUAGAACUUGUGGUUAAAGGGCCAGCCUUAAACAUCACACACUAA